AUGGCUUCCAAACCUGUAGACUCACCUAAAGCAUCACCUAAGGCAUCUCCCAGCAGAAUUGCCAAGAGAACCCCCACCCCAAGAACCCCUCUAUCAACACCCUCACCAAGACCAGAUACCAGUAACGUCAAAUCUAAAAUUGGAUCAUUAGAUAAGACAAAACAUACACCAGGAGGUGGAAAUAAUUUUGUCAGUGCUAUAGAUAGCUGUCUGGCUAUAAUCAUAAGUAAAACCUACUUUAAGGAAGUCUUGUUAGUCAUUAAUCUUAAGGGCUGGCAUGAUGUAUCGGUGAAUCGAUGUAUCAUGAUACGUCAUGUAUCAAUACUUGGUGAUACCUUUUAUUCCAUGAAAAAGUGGGGAUUUUUAUAA